AUGGGAAAGAAACAAGUGUGCCCGCCUCGUGCCCUCCCUCCAGUGCCUUCUGCAGAUGAAAUUCCACUCAGUCGUCCCAAAAAAAGGAAGCCCAAAGGAAAGACUCCGUUAGAUGGCAUCGUCCAAGCAGCUGUUCGUUGGCAGUCUGAAAGCAGUGAGCCCCUGACUCCUGAACCUCAUGAUGUCCCUCCUCAGAGGAAACGCAAGAAGAAGAAAAUACCCACCGAUUCUGAGACCUCUUUUACCCAGCAAAAUGUUGCAUCCUUAUUUCAGAAUGGAAAUGGCAUGGAUGUCCCUGAAGCUGAAGAAACAGUGAUCCGCAAACAGAGAAAAAGAACAAAGAAACCUCGGCCAGCCGAAACGCACUGUUCCAAUGAGCUGGAAGUGGAGGAGGAAGACAUCAUUGAAGAUGAGCACAGAAAGAGCCCAGAUCAGCAGCCUGUGUUUGCUGCUCCCACUGGAAUUAGCCAGCCUGUUAGCAAGGUGUUUGUUGAAAAAAAUCGGCGUUUUCAGGCAGCUGACCGCGCAGAAUUGAUUAAAACCACUGAAAAUAUCAAUGUACUUAUGGACGUGAAGGCUUCAUGGACUACCAGAGAUGUCGCUCUCACAGUGCACCGAAGUUUCAGGGUGAUCGGACUCUUUACCCAUGGCUUCCUUGCCGGGUAUGCUGUAUGGAACAUCAUUGUUAUCUACAUUUUGGCAGGAAGUCAACUUUCCACAGUUUCUAACCUGCUCCAGCAGUAUAAGACACUAGCAUACCCAGCUCAAAGUUUGUUCUAUUUGUUGCUGUCUAUCAGUACAGUCUCAGCCUUUGACAGGAUUGAUUUGGCAAAAGCAUCAGUUGCACUGAGAGGCUUUCUUACCCUAGACCCAGCAGCAGUAGCCGCUUUCUUGUACUUUGCUGCUCUUAUCUUAUCCUUAAGCCAGCAGAUGACAUGUGACAGAAUUAACCUCUACACACCACCUUCAGAAAAUGGCAGCAUCUGGACGACAGGUACAGAGGAAGAAAUUGUUCAGCCGUGGAUUGUGGUGAAUCUGGUAGUGUCUAUUCUAGUUGGGGCAAGUUGGAUCUUCUUGUCUUACCGACCAGAGCUAGACCACAGUGAAGAACUGAUGUUUCAUGCUGAAAUCGAGGAAUUUCCCCAGGGAGAUAUACCCAGAGCCCAGCCAUAGUGUGGAACAAGCAUCUGCAAAUAUUGUAGCAGGGACUGAUGGCUCAACAUGUUGUGUAUUAUAGCCAUGGAUUAUAACUUUCUUAAAGAAAAAAAUGUAUUUUUAUAUUGU